AUGGUGGGGCCACUUAUUCAACUAGAUCUCUCUCUCUCUCUCUCUCUCUCUCUCUCUCUCUGUUCACUCAGUCUGAACUUGAUACAGUUGGCCAAUUCCCAAGAAAAAUGCCCUGAUUUCUUUCUUUUCUUUUUUUCCAUUUCUUGCUUUCCUACACCAGACAACUUUUCUUUCAUUUAUUUCUUUUCUCUUUCUUUCUCCCUCUUACUUUCCUUUGCUUUCUCUUUAUUUCACAUACAUGACUUUUUCUUUCAUUACCACAAAUUUUCUUUAAUUCAUUUUUCUUUCUCCCUUCCUUCUUUUCCUUUUCCUUUCUCAUUUUCUUCUUUUCCCUAUGACAUCUUUUUUUCAUUAUUACUUAUUUGUUUUCUUUCUCUUUUUGCUCUUUCUCUAUCCUCUAUAGCACUUUUUACACUUUUUUUUCUUUUAUCAUCAUUUUUAUCAUCAUUUUUUAUUAAGCCUUUUUCACUUUUUCCUUCCUCUAUUCUUUUUAUUAAGCUUCUUUUUUUCUACUUUUUUUUCCUUCACUUUCUUCUUUCUUUUUUAUUUUCCUUUUUUUCUUUCUACUUUUUUCUUUCCUUCCCUCUCAUUAAUUUCUUCCUUUUCCAGAUAUUGUGUUUUUUUUCUUUCACUUUUUUUUUCUUUCUUUUUUUCAACUCUUUUCCUUCUUUCUUCUUACUUGCUUUUCCUCCAACUUCUUUCUUUUUUUCUCUAAUUCUUUCUCCCAGACUACUAUUUCUCCUUCUUUUCUCACUUUCAGUCUUCCUCCCUUCUUUUGGUUCUUCUCUUUCUAAUUUUUUUGAAAAUUUAUCUAUCUAUCUAUUUCAGUCGACUCACAUCUAUCUAUCUAUCUAUCUAUCAAUUUACAGGAUGACAAUUUAUCGAUUGCAUUCUGUAUCUAUCUAUCUUGGCUCAUAUCUAUCUAAGUCAGCUCACAUUGACCUAUCUAUCUAUCUAUCUAUCUAUCUAUCUAUCUAUCUAUCUAUCUAUCUAUCUAUCUAUCUAUCUAUCUUAUUUUACUCAGGUGAUAGCUAA